GUGAGGUCACCAGUUAAAUAACGUGAACACGGGGUUUUGUCGUAUGAUAAACAGUUUUUAUUUACAAAGAUAUAAUGUACAACAGGAGUGUGUCCGAGUUAGGCGGUUCAAUAGUCGCGUACGACGGUGUCGAGUCGGUGCGCGGUCGGUUGUCGGUAGAAGGUGUCUUGAGACGAACUUUGCGAAAAUAGCGCAUAAAAGGGUGUCGUUGACGACGAGCUUCGGGUCCGGUGACAAGUAGGUCGAGCGGCUAAUGGAGGUCCUCGAGUGACGGAGUGUGGGGGCAACGUCAAUGUCGCCACCUUUACGGCAAUGUUGUGGUGGAGCGUGUGGAGAAAAAUAUAUAAUUCAAGGAAUCGCUGUAGUAGUAUAAUAAUAAACGAAAAAAAAAAUGAAAAUAAAUUUGAUGGACCCAGUCUAAAAGACUUCAUUGCAAACAGUUUACCUGAAGAACAAAAAGUUGAGCUUGUAAAUGAUAAUGAUAAAAUUCCGUAUGUGGAUAUGACUGAUCUGGGACAAAAUAGAAAAGUUUUCAUUGAAGUAUAUGGUUGCCAAAUGAAUGUUAAUGAUGCUGAAAUUGUUUGGUCUAUCUUACAAGAUAAAGGUUAUACUAAAACCAACAGUGUUUAUGAUGCUGAUGUAGCUCUGCUCAUUACAUGUGCAAUUCGCGAUAGUGCUGAAAAUAAAGUAUGGACACGUAUUAAGCAAAUACGUUCAGUCAAACGUUGGAGGGGAAAAUUGGAGCCAUUAAAAGUUGGAAUUUUAGGUUGUAUGGCAGAACGACUAAAAGAGAAAUUAGUAAGUAAUUCUAGGGGAGUUAUAGAUCUUGUAGCUGGUCCUGACAGUUAUAGGGAUUUACCAAGACUAUUAGCAAAAACUGAAAUUGGUCAAAAAGCUAUUAAUGUUAUAUUAUCAUAUGAUGAAACUUAUGCUGAAAUAAAACCUGUAAAAUUGAAUGAAGAUAAUAUUACUGCUUAUGUAUCCAUAAUGAGGGGUUGUGAUAAUAUGUGCACUUAUUGUAUUGUUCCAUUUACCAGGGGUCGUGAACGCUCUAGGCCUGUAGAAUCUAUAGUGGAUGAAAUAAAAUAUUUAUCAGAUAAAGGUUUUAAAGAAGUAACUUUAUUGGGUCAAAAUGUAAACAGUUAUCGUGAUUUAAGUUCUACUUCACAUUUCAUUCCAUCGAAUCAUACAUUAGCAUUAGGAUUCAAAACCGUUUACAAACCAAAAAAAAGUGGUGUUCAAUUUGCUGAACUCUUAAGUAGAGUAUCCGAAGUUGAUCCAGAAAUGCGAAUUAGAUUUACUUCUCCACAUCCAAAAGAUUUUCCAAAUGAAGUGUUAGAUGUUAUUUCUGAAAAAUCUAAUGUAUGUAAAAAUGUACAUUUACCAGCUCAAUGUGGAAAUUCAGAAGUUUUAGAGAGAAUGAGAAGAGGUUACACACGUGAAUCAUACUUAAACUUAGCUCAACAUAUAAGAAAUCGUAUACCUGGUGUAACAUACUCUAGUGAUUUCAUAGCAGGUUUUUGUGGUGAAACUGAUAUAGAAUUUGAAGAUACUAUUAGUUUAAUGGAAACUGUGAAGUACCAUAAUGCAUUCUUAUUUGCAUACAGCAUGAGAGAAAAAACAACAGCUCAUCGUCGUUAUAAAGAUGAUGUUCCGUAUGAAGUUAAAAUAGAAAGAGUUAAAAGAAUGUUUAAUAUAUUUAGAAGAGAUGCAGAAAUAUUAAACAAGCAUUAUAUUGGUACUGAGCAACUAAUUUUGAUUGAAGGAAAAAGUCGGAGAAGUUCAUCUGAUCUUUAUGGACGAACAGAUGGCAAUAUAAAAGUGAUUAUUCCAAAUACUAAAUUAUCUCUUAAGGGAUCAUCAUUAAAUAAAGACAUUGAACCGGGUCAUUAUAUUAAAGUAAAGAUAACAGAAUCAAAUUCUCAAAUAUUAAAAGGCAUACCCGUGCAACAUACAAGUAUCCAAGAAUAUGAAAAGAAAACACCAGAAUACACUAAAUAAUAAUUAUGUUAGAUACAAUUUUCAAAGUUUAAGUAUAAUUUAUUUAUUGAAGUGUAAAUAAAUAGGACAUUGUUUUGGAC